UUCAAAAUAAAGGUGGAGAGCCUUCAGUUGUUAACACAAUUUUAUUCUGAAAUAUUUGCAGGACAGUGUUGUGGAAAAGGCAGUGACUUGCACGGCUCCAUUAAAUUAAUAGAAAACAGGCUCGCUAACCUUUUUCUGUCUCCAUGGAGAGAGAAAGGGCUGGUAGUAGCAGCACAGCGGCAACAUCGAGUAGUAAUGCCUCAACAGUUCAGCUAAAUUAGAUAGCAGGCAGUAAGGCCGUAGAGGCAGUAAGCCGUAUAUAGGCCCAUUAGUAGGGUGCCCAGCAGCGGGUGAAAGACAGCCCCAGAUUCACUCUUGUUGUGGAACAGCUCUGUCCGACUGGCGUUAAGCCUCACUUUAUUUGCAUUUUUCCGGCGGUGUAUUUUGUACCAUUUUGUAGCUUCUUCUUGGAUCCGUGCUUACAACCUUGCACCUGGUCACUACCUUUUUAUAGAGGUUGACACCCAGAAACGUUCCGAACUCAGCAAAAUCCAGCCAGAGACCCACAGACAGAUGGUGAAUCAUGAACUAAUGACCUCUGAGCACAGGUUGAUGUCUGUGAAAACAGGUUGAAGCAAGAUUACUUUGGGCUCUAUAUUCAAGGUCGCAUCAGGGACCUACAAAUAACGCUUGACUGACGUCAGCAGCGGGUCCAGUCAGUAGAAAGACAGCAUCUCCUCCUCCCAGCUCUGCUCGUGCCGCUGCUGUUGGCCCCCGUGCAUCCGAGGAGGACUUGUGAUCCAUUCUAUUGUCUUGCUGUUUUCGGGACUAACACCAUGGGGAGAUUAGAUGCGCUUCGGCAGCUUAAUUUGAUCAAAUGGCUUAGAGAGGAGAGACAGUCGAGGAAACUGAGUCUCUUCAUUGUUUUCGUCGCUCUGCUCUUGGACAACAUGCUGCUGACUGUAGUCGUUCCCAUCAUACCCAGCUACCUGUACAACCUGGAUGAGUCACCAGACGUGAUGUUGAAGAACAACACCCUGUCGCAGCAGGGUCCUCCAGCAGCCUUCCACAACAUCGUGUCCUUAUACGACAACACCAUAAGGUCUUCAGGCUCCAACACCACAGCUAGGACUACUGACAUGGUCCCUACGCCUCCCGCUGCUACAGAGCUACCACACAACUCCUCAGACUGCCCCCAGUCUACCAGCAAGCUGCUUGAUGAGAAUGUCAAAGUGGGAAUGCUUUUUGCCUCCAAGGCCACCGUACAGCUGAUUACCAACCCCUUCAUAGGGCCACUCACAAACAGAGUAGGAUAUCAACUUCCCAUAUUCGCUGGCUUCUGUAUCAUGUUCGUAUCUACUAUCAUGUUCGCCUUCUCAUCGAGCUACACACUGCUGUUUCUGGCCAGAUCGAUGCAAGGUGUGGGCUCCUCCUGCUCAUCUGUGGCUGGGAUGGGAAUGCUUGCGAGUGUGUACACCGAUGAUGAGGAGAGAGGCCAUGCUAUCGGGAUCGCCCUGGGAGGUCUGGCAUUGGGAGUGCUAGUUGGACCCCCAUUCGGCAGUGUGAUGUACGAGUUUGUUGGGAAGACCGCACCUUUCCUUAUUCUGGCGUUCCUGGCUUUGUUUGAUGGAGCUCUGCAGCUCAUUGUUCUUCAGCCCACCAAGGUGGAACCAGAGAGUCAGAAGGGGACCCCGCUGUUGACACUAAUGAAGGAUCCAUACAUUAUAAUCGCAGCUGGUGCCAUUUGUUUUGGAAACAUGGCCAUUGCCAUGCUUGAGCCAACGCUGCCAAUCUGGAUGAUGGAGACCAUGUGUGCCAGGAAAUGGCAGCUAGGCGUCGCUUUCUUACCAGCGUCCAUCUCCUACCUUAUUGGAACCUACAUCUUCAGCACGUUGGCACACAAGAUGGGGAGAUGGCUUUGUGCUCUCAUUGGAAUAACCAUGGUUGGAAUCAGUGUGAUAUGUGUUCCACUUGCCAAAGACAUCUACGGUCUGAUUGUUCCAAACUUUGGUGUUGGUUUUGCUAUUGGCAUGGUGGACUCCUCUAUGAUGCCUAUCAUGGGCUACCUGGUGGACCUGCGACAUGUGUCUGUUUAUGGAAGUGUGUAUGCCAUUGCUGAUGUGGCUUUCUGCAUGGGAUUUGCUUUAGGUCCAUCUAUCGGGGGAGCCAUAGCUGAGAGUAUUGGCUUCCCCUGGCUGAUGACCAUAAUUGGGAUAGUGGAUAUUAGCUUUGCUCCUCUCUGCAUCUUUCUCAGGAAUCCACCGGGACAAGAAGAGAAAAUUGCUAUUUUGAUGGACACCAACUGUUCAAUGAAGACACGGUCCUACUCCACACAGGGAACGUACUACCAGGGUGAGAACAUGGAUCCAGAAUAUGACGAUUAUGAUUAACAGGAAAGCAGCUACGCAGGUUAACCCUUCAGAGGAUCUAUUUUGUUGUAAAAAAAAAAAGGAACACAGAAGAAAAAAACAGUAAUUUAACAAAUACAGUCCAGAUAUUUCCAUGUGAAUGUCCCGCAUUCUGUCUUCACUGUUCUUUGUCCUUUUAGAAGUUGUACUGGAGCAAACCAAAGUUGUUCUUGAUCUGUGGUUGCAAGCGCAUUGUGUGAGAGAGAUUUUUUUUUAGCCGACAGCCUUAUUCAGUAGAGAGAUGUGUCAAAAAGCACUUUUUAGGUCGUAGAAGGGUGCUGGGCAACAAGUACGCUUUGCUGGUUUAUUUUGGAUACAAUUCUUUCUUAAUUUAUGUGUCCGCUAUUUAAAGUCUCCUUUCUAUUUACUGUUCGUCCAUGAUACUGUGUAGAAUAUUUAUUAACAGACCUUGUACAAGUUGGUAUUAUAUUGGGUAAUUGUGUGGUAUGUCAAGAAGCUGUUUUUUGUUUGACGUCCGGGUAGACUGGUUGGUCCGAUCUAUGGUCCUUGUUUGCAUUGAUGCAGCUACAGAAGUACAUACUUAGGACUUUCCCUGCCCACCUGUUCUGGCUGAACUGCGUGUGGAAGUCAACACAUUUGAGCUGCUUGAGAAAAGGAUGAGGAAUGUUUUCUAAAACAACAUAGAUACAUGAUGUCCUCCUAUGAACAGAAUCUACAGAACCUUGCAUUAUGGCAACUUCGGUUAAAAAGAUCAUUUAAAGUUGCUGUCCGUAAUGUUAUUUAAUAAAUCAUUAAUACUGUAAAUUCUCAAAUAGUGGCCUUUAUUUACCUCAGUGGUCGGGAGAACCAGGCCUAGAACAGGCUCUAUGCCUAGUUUCCUCUGUUUUCCAGUUUAAACAAAUUCAAACUUGUGUUGUCUUGAUAUUCAUAAGUCCAUAUCCAGUCAGCAAGUGCAUUUUCACAGCAGCAAUUCCAUCAAUACAAGGUCAAAGUCAACAACAAAGUCAUGUUCUACUCACCAGUAUGCUGCACUGUGUCUGCAAGAGCGUUUCU